CUCUCUCCGUCACUUCCGGGUCUAGUCGGAGAGGGUUGUGGAAAAAAAUAAGUAGUUGUCAUGAUAUUUACCUAGCCAAUCUACAAAUGACAGACACAUAUCAAAUUAUACAGAGUACAUUACCCAUGUCAGGGCUCAAGAAGAAUUUUCGAGGUAUUGUGCAGCUUUUUUUUUGAUAGACAGGAAUAUGUCUAUCACAAACACUAACGUUAGCUAGCUAAUUGAUGUUUUGACAUAGCUAGCUAGCUUUACCAACUAGCAUUACCAACUAGCAUUAGCUACACCACCUAGCAAGUUAUUUACCGAUAGCUAGCUAACGUUAUUGCAUUAACAUUAGCCACAGAUUAGCUGGGUAAAUAUCGUCUCGUUUCCCAAGCUAUAUUUUAAGACGCAUAACGUUAACUUUAUGCACCGGUAGCUAUCUAGCAGGGUUAGCUAGGGUGCAUCACAAUCAAUAUAGCUAGUUUAUCAAGCUAAUUCGCUAGUCAGCUAACGUUAACUAGCUUUAACUAUCCUUAUUAUUGAACAUCAGUGUUUUACUGAGUGAUUCACCAUAAUAUGCAGUAUGAUAUCGAAGUUAAAGUUACCUAGAUAUUAUCUUGCCUUUCCUGGUAGCUUGCUAGUUAACGCGAAUAAUAUGCAUUUUUAGGACAUUGUAAAUGAGCUACUAUAGUUAACGUUAGCUUGUGAAUUCUGAAAUGGUCUUGCAUUAACUAAAUAGUAGCUACGGCUUCCUAUGUAUGCAAGGCUGGCAUACAACGUCUCAGCCAAGACUGAGGUCAGGGCCGUAUAGCAUGUAUUCACAGGGUCACUGGUUCAAACCUCACUUUGAUUGUCCCACCUUACAGAAUAAUGUGGUAGUAAGCUAACUAACUGAGCAGGUCUGUACUGUGUGUUCAUUGUACUCUUUUUGCCCACUGAUCCAGGCUGCUGAGUGACCUGAUCAGGUGGUGUUGGCACCUUUGUGCCAUCUCAUUCUAAGUCCCUGAGGAACUUUAAUACAGGUAGAACAUUUUCUCUUCACCAUCAGAUGCUCCAUCCAUCGGUGUGUCAUAUAUACGGCUAGGCAGGCUGUUUAGUACACUCACCCCCCACACACACACACACUUUCCCCUCUCCCCCCCAGGAGAAGAUGAACGGCUUAUCCAUUAGAGAGCUAUGCUGCCUGUUCUGCUGCCCUCCUUGCCCCAGUCGCAUCGCAGCCAAGCUGGCCUUCCUCCCUCCAGAGCCCACCUACUCAAUGCUGCCAGACCCAGAGGCUACAGCUGCGGCAGCAGCCGGGACCGUGCCUGGGGGUGCACCCCCCUCUCUGGGGGCUCCGGGCCUGCGCUCCCGACUGGGUGGCGUAGGGGGAGACAGAGGAGGGGGAGGAGGAGGAGAGGGCAGGUGGAAGCUCCACCUGACAGAGAGGGCUGAGUUCCAGUACACUCAGAGAGAGCUGGACAUGACGGACGUGUUCCUGACAAGGUCUAGCCGGGGGAACAGGGUGGGCUGCAUGUACAUCCGCUGUGCCCCCAAUGCCAGGUUCACAUUGCUAUUCUCCCAUGGUAAUGCAGUAGACUUGGGUCAGAUGAGUAGCUUCUACAUUGGCCUGGGAACGCGUAUCAACUGUAACAUCUUCUCCUACGACUACUCUGGCUAUGGUGUCAGCACCGGCAAACCCUCAGAGAAGAACCUCUACGCUGACAUAGACGCUGCCUGGCACGCCCUGCGCUCCCGGUAUGGCAUCAGCCCAGAGAACAUCAUCCUGUAUGGGCAAAGUAUUGGCACGGUGCCCACGGUGGACCUGGCGUCCAGGUUUGAGUGUGCUGCUGUGGUGCUCCACUCCCCUCUCACCUCUGGCAUGAGGGUAGCCUUCCCCGACACCAAGAAGACCUACUGCUUUGAUGCCUUCCCCAACAUAGAGAAGGUGUCUAAGAUCCCAUCCCCGGUGCUGAUCAUCCACGGGACGGAGGACGAGGUGAUCGACUUCUCCCACGGCCUGGCUCUGUUUGAGCGCUGUCCCAAGGCCGUGGAGCCACUCUGGGUGGAGGGGGCGGGACACAACGACAUAGAGCUCUACAGCCAAUACCUGGAGAGACUACGGCGCUUCAUCAACCACGACCUGGCUGCAGCACACGCCUGAGAGAGGAGGAGAGGGUGUGUGUGUGUCUGUGUGUGUUUUAGCUCUGUAUGUGCGUGUGUCUGUAAGGAGCUGUACAAAGUCAUCAACCUACAGUACCCGAAGAGGAGCAUCCAGUAUGCUGUAAAUCUGUGAGUGCGUUGAGGGUAUGUGUGUUGACUCAUGGAAAUGAAUGACCUCUUGAUAUGGACACGACUGUCCGACUUUGGAUACGUGUUCCUUGAGACUUCCUGAGGCUGAAUAUGUGUGCGCACCUACAAACUGUCUUCUCUGUGUACAUACAGGUAACUGACGAAAUAAAGGAAACACCAACAGUGUCUUAGUAGGGUGUUGGGCCACCACGAGCCGCCAGAACAGCUUCAAUGCGCCUUGGCAAAGAUUCUACGAGUGUCUGGAACACAACCACAACCCCUUUUUAAAUGUGUUUUGUCCAAUAUUUGUAUAUUUUUUUAUCCCAGCCCCCCGUCCCCGCAGGAGCCCUUUUAACUUUUGGUAGACCGUUAUUGUAAAUAAGGAUUUGUUCUUGACUGACUUGCCUAGUUAAAUUAAAAUUUAAAAAACUAUGCUUCUUUGAAACCCCUCUUUCAAAGUCACUGAGUUCUCUUCUAGCUAUGGUAGCCAAAAUAAUGGGCAACUGGGCAUUUUUAUCCAACUUUAAGCAUGAUGGGAUGUUAAAUUGCUUAAUUAACUCAGGAACCACCGCUGUGUGGAAGCACCUGCUUUCAAAAUACUUUGUGUCCCUCAUUUACUAAAGUGUUUCCUUUCUUUUGGCAGUUACGUAUGUAUGUAUGUAUGUAUGUAUGUAUGUAUGUAUGUAUGUAUGUACAACUCAAGAGUUGAAGAUGCUAUCUGUAUGGACCUGAGUUGACAUCACUCCUCCCUGUGUCUACAGUAGACAGCUGUCUGUCUGCUUUUGUAUUUCUCCCCGUCGCUCUUAAGAGACAUCCUCCCUCUCUGGAUUGCUUUCACCAAUCCAGAGAGGGGGGAGAACUGGCCUUUUUAAGAGUCAUUUGAGAAAUAACAUUUUCUCAUGCCAGUUAUUUUCUGUCCACUUGCCCCUGUCCGCAUGCUAAGAAGUUAAGACACAGACUCGCAGGAGAGAAGACUUUCUCAUAUUAUCAGAACUAACUUCUUAGUUUAAAGUUAUGAUAACUGAGUGAGGGCAAGGAAUGAAGAUGUACUGCGGUAUUUAAUCUUACUAUUUGUUUGACUGUUGCCCAUCCAUAUGAUCCAAUGUGUCUGAAGUCUACGGGUAGUGGAGACUUUGAUGUCUCUGAAGCCUUAGAUGAACAUAGAUUUGUAGUCACAAACACAUCUGGAAUCAGGCUAGAAAAUACUAGCAAAAAAAACGAACACGUUUGUUUUUGUAAGGAGACUUCUGUGUCUGUCUUGAUAGAUUGCAAAUGUGAAUGAAGAACAAUCAACAAUCAAGCCUUUGGAAAAUCUCUUUCAUUUUUAGGAACAGUCUUCUCUGUAGCUCUUGAGAAGAUGGUUCAGUUUACUGUUUUGAGGAUGGAGAGAGCAGGACUGAUGAUCAAUUGCAGUGGAUGAUGUCCGCGAAGCCAUCUGAACUGUCAUUUUCUGUCAAAGUAACAUGUUAUUUCAUGCGUCUUACAUUUUACAUCGUACGCAAUAGUUGUUUCGGUUUGCUGCUACUUAUCUGUAUCAAACACAGGACGACAGACCUUUUCUAUUCCUAAUGGUAAAGAAAUUGUGUUAUAGCGUCUUUAUAAAUAUAACACUUUUACUGACUUUCUGAGAUCUGGAAGGAUUACACAUUCCUUAAUUCACACUUAUCCUCAAUCUUUGCUCAUGCAUUUUCUCUCAAAGUAAUAACAUUUUUAUAGUGUAUAGCAGAGCCACAGAUAGACACAGAGUUAGGGCUUGACUCCAUCCUUAUCACUGAGGUUCAGCGCUGUAGCGCGAUUGAAAUGUGAAGGUUAUUUGCGAUUUAAGCCGACAUAUGCAGUGUUUACCGUGAAUGCGUUCUCCGCAAGCGCAGGAACAUUACUUGGACGUUUCUAUCGGGCUGUAAUGCAGGUCUCCAGCGCUACGGAUUGAGUCGAUCCAUUACUCAAUCUCUGUUUGAAACGUUGAAUCAUAAUUAGGUUCCAUAACAUAGAUGGAGCCAACAUGAAUGCCAGUUUCACGAACUGAUGGUAUGAUAUCUGUGGUGUAUAGGAGCUCUUCCAUGGUGACAGAUUUAUUCAUGUCUGAUCCAAGCCGUAAACGAGCUUCUCACUGUUAGUGUGGUGCAGGUUCCACCACAUCAGUCCACAAACAACCACACGGCACAAGCAAGCAUGAUAAGCAGGUCUUAAGUUCAGGACUAUUGUACAAAGCAUCCAAAGUGUAGUUAAAUAUAAUAUGUACAUAGUGUCUAUUUUAGUAUUGUUGACUAACUGACCCUCCCCCCAGAAAGACCUGAAGCAAGGACUCUAGGAAUGAUCUCGUCAUAGAAUACUGCAGUUGCUGUCUAUAAUAGUACCUCUCUAUUGAAGGGACAACGGCUGGUGUAGGAGGGCUGCUUUUCCAUGAUCAUUUUGAACAAGUAUCUAUUCCAUUUUCACUGUGCUGUGUGUCACCCAACCUAAGGUGGUGGAAGUUCCUCUGCCUCUUUUUACCAGGGUUCUAGGAUGAGACUAGACCUGUUCCAGUUUUCAUUAUUGUACCCUAGGUGGUUCUUGCUAAGAAGGUGUCUGAAUAUAAGGGGGGAUAAUUAAUACCGUGGUUCAUUGAGACUUGAGACUGAAUAGAGAAUAGUCUCUCUUGACCUUUAUGAUAAUGAAAGUGAGGUAGCGAUACCUUGACGACUGUAUGCAUGUCUAUUAUUUGUGUUUUGCUGGGCAAAUGUUUGGGUGGGGAAUAUAACUUUGUGUGUGUGUGAUGCCAGAGGACAAAGUAGAACUCAAGGCAUUGCACGAUAUAUAGUGCUUUUUAAACUGGGGUAUUGAUUGUUUUUUAUUACUGCAACUAAAGUAUUGAUUUGAGUUUUGUGCUAGAGUUUGGUUAGGGAAAAUGCUGGGUGGGGUUUAUAUAUGGAUAUUGUACUUACCUAUUCUAUGUUUGUUAUGAUUUGUAAUUUUAUCUUUUCUUUUUUUGAAAUUAAAAAUAUGUAAUGACAUUAAUUAA